GAGUUUGUUUCACUCAAUAAUAAUAUGCAUGUGAUUAUACUGUGAGUUGGUGUGGGAGUUAUAUCUAUGGUAUGAGGUCCUAUGAAGUAGAUCAUCUAAAAUUUGGAGGUUUGUUCUUCUUCUUCUUCCCUUAUUGACUCCUCUCAAUUUGCAUCCUCUCAAUUUCAAACUUUGUAAAUAUUUGUUGUCACACAGAAUUGAUGUACUCAACAUGAUGUCCCUAAAUGAUGCAGGGUUUUACCAUUCUGCUAUCGUGAAUACACAUGACAUAAAAGAAGGGGAAAACCUUUGGGAGCUGGCAAAGAGAACCUACAUGUCAUUUGCAAAUGCUAAAAAUAAUCAGAAGCAUUUCUGGGACAUGAAUGACCUUAACUUUCUCAUGGUCAAGGCCAUUGAUAACCCUGGAUUAACACGGUCGUCAUCAUUAAGAACUUCACUCAUAUCGGUGUUUGAAGACCCAGUGAUUGACCAUUCCGAUGAAUUGCAUCAAGAGAUUGGAUUGGAGGACUACAUAGGGUGUGCUUCUGUUCAUAGUGUAGGCCCAUCAAUCGCAAUAUUUGACACGAUACGAGAUGGGGAAUUAGAUUGUGCAUGUGUAUAUCCAUCACCACUACAUUCGAGGGAACAGAUGCUAGAGCUGAUUGAUGACAUGAAGAGAAUUCUUGUAAAUGGCAGUAACCAUGUGGAGAGUGACAGCUAGUUUUUCUUAAUGAGAUUCUAGUGAUGGCACUGUAGAUUUGUGGGUUGGUUUCAACAUCUGUUUUAACCAAGAGUAAUGUAAUUUCUCUCUCUAUAUAUACAUGAUCAAUUUGUUCCUAACUGAUCAAAAUCUGCAUUGAAGUCUAUACAUUUAAUGUUC